AUGCGCGUCUCUUCUUCGACUCUACCCCGCAAGUUCGGUCUUCAAGGCCACGUCCGCUACGUCACCGCCGAUGCGGACCGCACUGGCGAAUGGCGCAUGGUCGACGCCUGCGUCGUCAACUGGAUCCUCGCCACGGUCUCCAAAGGCGUCUUCGACAUCAUCCGCCGUGACCGCCACGACGCGUUCACUCUCUGGAACGCCGUCAUCGGCAUCUUCCAGGACAACGAGCUGCAACGCGCCGUCUACCUAGAGGCCGAGCUGCGAACGCUGCAGCAAGGCGACAUGACCAUCAACGCCUACUGCACCAAGCUCAAGCGGCUCGCCGAUCAACUGCGCGACAUCGGCCACCCCGUCUCCGAGCCGAGCCAAGUGCUCAACCUCCUCCGUGGCCUCAAUCCGAAGUACCGCUACGUCAAGCCCGUCAUCACCUCCAAGUACCCGCCUCACACCUUCAUGAGCGCGCGGUCCUUUCUCAUUCUUGAAGAGCUAGGCGCCGAUCACGACGCCAACACCGAGGCGACCCAGGCUCUUGCCGCCUCCCACGGUGACCGCCCCGGCGGAUCCUCCGGCAACCACGGUUCGUCCUCCGGAUCCACCGACGGCUCCUUCGGCUCUUCGGCACCGCGUGACAACAACCGCCGCAAUUCUAGCGGCCGCCCCAACAAUCGCGGCGAUCGGCGCCGCGGGCGCGCUCCACCGACAUUUCCUACAACCAUGCCGAAUGACCGUGCUCCAUCACCGAAGCUCUCCUUCGACACCGUCUGCGCCGAUCGCGACGACGCCGUCCACUAUCGCGCUCAUUGGCCAUCCGAUGGUCACUCGUGCCCGCGCUGGCAUUACCAAGCCCAACCCGAAGUAUGCUUUGGCGACCACGGGAUCCAUCUCUCCAAUCCCUCGCAGUGUUCGCUCGGCUGUCAAGGAUCCCCACCGGUAUCUUUGCGAUGA